GUCAAAUGUAGCAUGGAUGCUAAUAGCUACAAACACAAGAAGAAGCCCACAGCGACGAACACAUCCGCUUGCAGUGCGCCGGUGUUAUAAUGUGACACCGUGAGGUGUUUUAAAAUGCUGGACGCCCUCUGACAGCCUCCACUACGGUCCACAGCUACACAGUUCAAUCAGAGGAGGAAGGGAUGCCGCCUUUGGUUGCAGUUGAGUUGAUCCAGACACCAGUGCAGCUCUAUCGAUAUCUCCUCAGAUGCUGCAGGCAGUUACCAACCACAGCAAUGCAGCAGCAUUACCGACACGCCAUAAAACAGGGUUACAAAAGUCACUCUGAUGAAGAUGACCCAGAGAGGAUACAAAUGAUCAUCCAAAGAGCUAUUGCAGACGCAGACUGGAUUCUUGAUAAAUAUACCAAGAAGAAGUGAGGUCCAUGAACCAUGAACACGUCGUCAGCAGUUGAAUCUUGCAGUGCUGCAGCUGACAUGAGUCGAAGUGGUCGAUGUGCUGUUUGUGUGUUUUGUCAUCAGUUGUUUGUUAGUGAUGUGAAGCCUGCGAGUGAACACCCACGAUGAAGCAAUAUCUGAUGAGAGCUCACGAGUCAUAUUCUGUUACCAUACUAUAUGAUAUAUAAAAAGACUACUGGAUUCACUAUAAUGUUAAUAAGUGUAAAUAGUUUUCUUUGACAGAAAUGAGUUGACAUGUAUUGUUUUUGUUUUCCAUAAAUUCAUUCUCAAAAAUGA